AUGAAUCCCUUGAAGAUGUUGGACUCUAUUAAGGGCUGGAAGACUGGAAGCUGUGACUUUGCCGAUCUGCUGGACAGAUACUCCAAUUUUGGCAGCCAUGGAGAGCUCCACAUUAUGCCCUUUGGAGGAAUGGACCUAUUUCCAUCUGUUGAAGCCCUGGUGAAGAAUGGAAAAAAUAGAACUCUUCAAGCCAUUGAACUGGAAAUGGUAUUGGUCACCAGUGGCGUCUUUGGAAAUGGGCUUCCUAUUGUACAUCAGAGACUAUAUAUCACAUUAUCUUUGGCUUUUUCCCCUGCAAUUUUUCAUUAUUUUGACUUGCAGUAUUAUUUUCUUUUUCAUUAUGAUAGUGUGCAUGUGAACUAUAAAAUCUUCCUCUCUGCUAUGGAGUAUUUGCCCUUUUCUCCAGGAGAUGAUUCAAAAGGCAGUUUUGAAGAAACUAUUGAGAGGGUUUUGUCAAGAUCUCGGGAAAUCCAACUUGGGAAAUAUGACAAAGUAACUGAUGUUGCAGAGCAGCACCGGCUGCAGAGUCUUCAAAAGGCUAUGGUAAUCCAAUGGUUAUGCUUUACACCUCCAUCCACCAUUGCUGAUGUUGCAGAUAUCAGUGCUAAACUGCUUAUGCGAGCAUUGAUACACAGCAACAUAUUAUUCAGGGAGUUUGCCUUAAUUUCUAUGUUGAGAGUGCCAGUAGUGCCUAUAGGUGCGCAUCCAUUACUUAGUUUCCUUGCUGAACCUUUGAAGCAGCUUUCAGAAACUCCUGAUACACUUAAGGAUUAUGUUUCUGAGAAUCUAAAAGAGUUCCAGGACUGGAGGGAGUACUAUUCCUGUGAUGCAACGUAUCGGAACUGGCUUAAAAUUGAAUUAGAGAAUGCUGAUGUCCCUGAACUCUCAUUUGAGGAAAAACAAAGAGCCGUUGCAGCAGCCCAAGAGACACUGAAUUUAUCUUUAGUAUUGCUUCAACGAAAAGAAAAUCCAUGGUGGGUUUCCCUUUAAGACCAUAUAUAUGAAUCAACUGAACCAUUAUUCCUUGAAUUGCAUGCUACAACAAUUAUCUGCCUGCCUACUGGCAAAUGCAUGUGUCCUGAUGCCACCAUAUGUGCUGCAGUAAUGAGUGCUCUUUAUUCUACAGUGAGCGAGGAAGUUGUGCUAAAUCGCCGAUUAAUGGUGAAUGUUUCUAUUUCAUCGAGCAACAAUUACUGCAUCGAGGUUGUGCUUCGCUGUUUGGCAGUAGAGGGUGAUGGACUUGGGUCUCAUGACCUAAAUGAUGGUGGCAUUCUUGGUACUGUGAUGGCAGCUGGCUUUAAAGGGGAGCUUGUUCGGUUCCAACCAGGAGUUACAAUGGAGAUAUGUCGAUUGGAUGCUUGGUAUUCAAGUGAAGAUGGUUCUUUGGAAGGUCCAGCGACAUAUAUUAUACGGGGACUUUGUCGUAGGUGCUGUCUUCCAGAAAUCAUUCUUCGUUGUAUGCAGGUUUCUGUUUCGCUUGUGGAGCCGGGUAAUGAACCUGAAAGCCAUGAUGAGUUGAUUGAAAUUUGGAGUAAUUUAUGACUUCUAUGACUUACACAUUUGUAGACUUCUUGCCCCAUUGGAAAAUCAAGUAUUGAAAUCGCAUUAAGUUUCGAGAGUCAAAAUGUUUGAGUCAGUGUUCACGAAAUAGAUGUUGAUGAGCUGUGACCAUUGGUUUUCCACAACUUGAACCUUUUUUCCAUAAUUUGGUCAUACCUUAAAAUUUUUGUUUAGACUUCUUGCCCCAUUGGAAAAUCAAGUAUGGAAAUCACCUUUUUUCCAUGAUUUGGCCCUACCUUAAAAUUUUUGUGUAGACUUCUUGCCCCAUUGGAAAAUCAAGUAUGUAAAUCACAUUAAGUUUCAAGAGUUAAGAUGUUUGAGUCAAUGUUCAUGAAAUAGAAGUUUAUGAGCCGUGACAAUUGGUUUUCCACAACUUGAACCUUUUUUCCAUGACUUGGCCCUACAUUAAAAUUUUUUUGUAGACUUCUUGUCCCAUUGGAAAAUCAAGUAUGGAAAUCACAUUAAGUUUCAAGAGUCAAGAUGUUUGAGUCAAUGUUCAUGAAAUAGAUGUUGACCUUGACCCAUAAAAAAUAUGGCAAAGCACAUGAGUAACAUUGUCUAUCUCUAUUCAUGUACACUUAACAAGCACAUGCUCAGACAUGGAGAGAUAUUAAAUUGACAAGAUAUUCUUUUGAUUGAGGUGGAUUUAUGCUCCUCAUGCCCUA